GCACAACGCCAGCGAUUCAACGACGCUUCGUGCCUCAGUUAACUUGGAGCGCCAUAAAUUGAUGUUCGGAUCCGAACAAGACGUCGCUGGCACUGAUAAAGAGCUCACAAAACGUACAGGAGCAGUUAAACCAUCGUUUGGGUCCCCUUCAUAACCGACUUUGGUGACCAUGGUCGACUUUCCACAAUUGGUGUGCUCACUCUUGAGCUUUUCGCUCUUUCGACUACCACUACCGGGGUGUCGCUACGGCUUCGAGCAAGGUGCCUCCAAGUCAAUCGCUAUCGUGGGAGCGGGGAGCGCCGGACUGGCUAUGUUGCAAACCCUAUUGGAUCUGCCAGUUGAGACUCGCACGGACUGGGGUAUUGUUCUAUACGAGCGACGCAGAGAUGUCGGGGGAGUAUGGCUGCCAGAUCCGUCACCCCCUCCUCCGCCAAAGCUACCCGAAACACCACUGUAUCCUCUGCUACACGCUAAUAGUCCUGUUCCCGUCAUGACUUACCCCCACUUUCCGUUCCCACCUGGCACCCCUCUUUUCCCUACACACGACUACAUAGAACGCUAUCACCAGGAUUAUGCGACCCAUUAUGACCUCUGGCCGUAUAUCAAUUUAAACCACACCGUGCUUUCAUCGUCAUGGGUAGGGACACCCCAUGCAGGGCAUUGGGAGAUCGUUGUUGAGGAUCAUAAUGGUGACCGGAUACGAAGAUCAUUCGAUCAUCUCGUCGUUGCGGUUGGGCGAUACCACGAGCCACAUAUGGUGAUAUUUCCAGGACAAGAAGCAUGGUUAGAGAACACCAAAGGUGGACUGCAACGUGAAAUCUUGCAUUCGAUGUGGUACCGUAAUCCUAGUCGGUAUGUCAACCGAACCGUCGUAGUGGUCGGCGGAGGACCAAGCGGAGUCGGCAUUGCAUCUCAGGUGUUACAGUACGCUCAUAGAGUUUACCUUUCUGUUCGUAGUCCGCCACGGGAGAUGCCAGUGGGACAUGUGGAGAUAAAGCCCAAGAUCUCACAUUUUACAUCGGAUGACGUCGUUUUCACGGAUGGGUCGACAGUACAAGACGUCGAUAUGGUCUUACUGGCCACGGGCUAUGAUCUGCGCCUGCCUUUUCUAGAAGAAGGUGGGGAAGUGAUCGUGAAACCAGGGUCUAACGAGACAGAUGGACACAGUCUUACCACCAACCUGUGUUAUCUGUUCCCGCUCCACAAACAUAUAUUUUCCCUGUCGGCGUCUUACCCGACGAACGCACUGGCAUUCAUCGGCCUCCCGAACACGGUCUUCAUCCGCUCCUCGGAUACUGCACAGAGUAUCUACGCAACCUCGAUCAUUCGGAAUGGAAGUUUACUCGCCUCACGAGCGGAGUUGCUGAGUGAGCUUGCAGACAGCGAAGAAGGCCUUCGGAGGAGAGGGUAUGAUCCUUAUAUCGGGUAUAAGAUGGUGGAUUAUUCCACCAUUGAGUAUCAAGACGACCUCAUCGAGAGCCUGCGAUCGAAGGGAGGAUUGCCGGAAAGCAAUACCAGUUUUGUCGAGCCCUGGAGAAGAGAAAGUGUUAAUUACCUGGGGGGUAGCCUGAGGCGAGGGUGGAAAAGGCUAAAGGCGCUUGGACUUGCAGAGGAAUGGUUAAAGGGGGUUGAGAGUGAGGAAGAGUGGGUUGAUCUUAUGAGACGAGUGAACGCGUGGCAGAGAGAUUGGGAGACGGCGCACCAGCUGACAUUUCCAGAUGACACGUUCAUAUAUUGAGGGAUGACAUGACAUUCCAUUUCUAUCGCCAUACAGAGCCUUGUCUCCCCCU